CUAUUCCAAGUCUGACCGGCCAAAGAUAAUGAUGACACUACACUCAGUUGAAGUGUGCCCCGCGAGCGUACCGCAAGUCACUCGGGUUGAAGUGAAAUCAGUGUAAACACUAAACAGACAUGGCGAGAACCACUUUGCUCGUCUUCGCGAUCGUGCAACUGGUUUGCCUCACCGUGGACAUAAAUGCGCAAUCAAAAAACGCGUUCUUCCGCAAAGACUACCAAUUCCUCGAGGCCACCCAGAGCUUCUACAAGAUCCACACCAUCCACCGGAGCUGGCGGGACGCCAAGAAGCGAUGCACCAUGGAGGGAGGGUACCUGUUCUACCCUGACGACCAGAUCGAGGCUGAUGCGGUCAUAGGGUUCUGGAACCAGACGCAGCCGUUUUAUUGGGUGUAUAUUGGCGUGUCGGAUUUUCUGGCCAAAGGAGUCUUUGAGACUGUUGACGGUCGCCCCGUCACCGACGUGUACAGCGUGUGGGGCCCCGGCGAGCCCAACGACGUCAACGGAGUAGAAGACUGCGUGAUCCUCCGCCGAGACGGCACCAUCAACGACGACGCUUGCGACAAGAAGUAUCCCUUUAUUUGCAAGAAGACCCUUCUGUCGUUGGAGUGGAACUUUCUGUGCGAUAUGCCUGAUAAAUCAUACCUCUACGACAACACUCUCGGCAAAUGCUACAAGUUCCACCUGACGCCGAUGAACUGGACCGAUGCGUACAGCGUCUGCGCGGCCGAGCAGUCCUACCUCGCCGUCAUCAACAGCCAGAAGGAAGCCGACCAUCUGGUCAAGACCACGAAUGAAGCCCCGAGAGAUACCAUAAAAGGAGAUUAUUUGAGAGGAGCCGUGCACUUGGGUUUUCAUAAUAGGGAUGAUGACGGGUGGAAGACUGUUAGAGGCACAACCCUAGAAGAGAGCGGCUACACUCGCUGGGGCAACCAGCAGCCCGACGGCGGAGACAAGGAGCAAUGUGGCACCAUGUUCUACACGGGAACCCUCAACGACCUGGCCUGCUGGCAGAAGUGCUUCUUCAUCUGUGAACACGACAUCGGAACCCUAAAUUCCGCUAUAGACGAGAGGUGAAUGCGAGCAUUGCUUGCAAUGUGGGAGCAUUUUAAGAUUAUGAAAACUUAAAGUUUUUUACUCAUUUGUAAAAACAAAUAAGUUUUUGAUAUAAUGUGCCAAUGGGACAGAUAUUUUU